CGGAAGCGGCGCCGCACGGCCUGGGCCUGGCGCGGGGGGCGGGCACCGGGGCCCGGUCGGACAUGGGCAAGAAGCACAAGAAGCACAAGUCGGACAAACACCUCUACGAGGAGUAUGUCGAGAAGCCCUUGAAGCUGGUCCUCAAAGUGGGAGGGAACGAAGUCACCGAGCUCUCCACGGGCAGCUCGGGCCACGACUCCAGCCUCUUCGAAGACAAGAAUGACCACGACAAGCACAAGGACAGGAAGCGGAAGAAGAGGAAGAAGGGGGAGAAGCAGGGUCCCGGGGAGGAGAGGGGCAGCAAACGCAGGCGGGUCAAGAUUUAUUUUACUUAUUUGAAAGAGCUACAGAGAAAGCAAAGGACAGAGAUCUUUCAUCCAUUGGUUCACUCCCCAAAUGGCCAUGGCUGUGCCAGGCUGAAGCCAGGAGCCUCCUCCAGAUCUUCUGCAUGGGUACAGGGGCCCAAGGACUUGGGCCAUCUUCUGCUGCUUUCCCAGGAAGAUAAAAAGAAGCGAGAUCGAGACCGUGUGGAGAAUGAGGCAGAAAAAGACCUCCAGUGCCACACCCCUGUGAGAUUAGACCUCCCUCCUGAGAAGCCUCUUGCAAGUUCCUUAGCCAAGCAGGAAGAAGUAGAACAGACACCCCUUCAAGAAGCUUUGAAUCAACUGAUGAGACAAUUGCAGAGAAAAGACCCAAGUGCUUUCUUUUCAUUUCCUGUGACUGAUUUUAUUGCUCCCGGCUACUCCAUGAUCAUUAAACACCCCAUGGAUUUUAGUACCAUGAAAGAAAAGAUCAAGAACAAUGACUACCAGUCCAUAGAAGAACUGAAGGAUAACUUCAAACUGAUGUGUACUAACGCCAUGAUUUAUAACAAGCCAGAGACCAUUUAUUAUAAAGCUGCAAAGAAGCUCUUACACUCAGGGAUGAAAAUUCUCAGCCAGGAAAGGAUUCAGAGCCUGAAGCAAAGUAUAGACUUCAUGGCAGACUUGCAAAAAACUCGAAAGCAGAAAGAUAGGACCGAAACGGCGCAGAGCGGGGAGGACAGCAGCUGCUGGCCGCGAGAGAGGGAAGACUCUGGAGAGGCCGAAGCACAAGCCUUCGGAAGUCCGAAUAAGGACAAUAAAAAGAAAGACAAAGAUGUACUUGAAGAUAAAUUUAAAAGCAGUAAUUUAGAAAGGGAGCAAGAGCAGAUUGACCGCAUCGUUAAGGAGUCUGGAGGAAAGCUGACCAGGCGGCUGGUGAACAGUCAGUGUGAAUUUGAAAGAAGGAAACCAGAUGGAACAACUACGUUGGGACUUCUCCAUCCUGUGGAUCCCAUUGUAGGAGAACCAGGCUACUGCCCUGUAAGAUUGGGAAUGACAACGGGAAGACUUCAGUCGGGAGUGAAUACCUUGCAGGGCUUCAAAGAGGAUAAGAGGAACAAAGUAACUCCAGUGUUAUACUUGAAUUAUGGACCCUACAGUUCUUAUGCACCGCAUUAUGACUCCACAUUUGCAAACAUCAGCAAGGACGACUCUGACUUAAUCUAUUCGACUUACGGGGAAGACCCUGAUCUCCCAAGUGAUUUCAGCAUCCAUGAGUUCUUGGCCACAUGCCAAGAUUAUCCAUACGUGAUGGCAGAUAGUUUACUGGAUGUUUUAACAAAAGGAGGGCACUCCAGGACCUUGCAGGAGUUGGAGACGUCAUCACCUGAAGAUGAAAGCCAGCCUAGGACCCUUGACACAGCGAAAGAAAUGGAGAUUACAGAGAUAGAACCAGCAGGGCGUUUGGACCCCAGCUCUCAGGACAGGCUCACAGCACUGAAAGCAGUCACGAGCUUUGGCGCUCCAGUUGAAGUCUUUGACUCGGAAGAAGCUGAAGUGUUCCAGAGGAAACUUGAUGAGACCACCAAAUUGCUCAGGGAGCUGCAGGAAGCCCAGAACGAGCGCCUCAGCACCAGACCCCCUCCCAACAUGAUCUGUCUUCUGGGUCCCUCGUAUAGAGAAAUGCAUCUCGCUGAACAGGUGACCAAUAAUCUUAAAGAACUUGCACAACAGGUAACUCCAGGCGAUAUUGUAAGCACAUACGGAGUUCGAAAAGCAAUGGGGAUUUCCAUUCCUGCCCCCGUCGUCGAGGACGGCCUUGUGGAUUUAACAGAAGAUUUGGAAGAACCUCCAAGGACUGAUGUUGCCGAGUGUGGGCCUGAUGGGAUUGGAAGCUAACUGGUAUUUGAUUAUAUAUUAUGUACAUAUUUUUUUCAUUCUGAACUUGGAAAUGCUUUUCAGAAGAUAUUAAAUAUUUGUAAAUUGUGUUUUUAAUUAAACUUUGGAACAGUUAACUUUAGUGUUCCAGAGGUUGGACUUCUGUUAGGUAAUAAAGUCAAACCUGGGACUCGGAGCAGUACUGUGCUGUCAGCUAAGUCUCCCCUUGACCUCCCCCGCGGGUGAAAUAAGCGGCUGAGGAGACAAACAGCAACCAAGUC